AACUCCAUGGACUCUGGUUGCCCCUUUUCGGAGAGCGGGACUCGGGUUUAUUUUUCACAACCUAGAGCCGGGGAACCAGGGGCAAGGAUCCUCCACCCUGAGGUAACAGACCCUGUGCGCCCUUCGCUUUCCCGCGGAACAUGAGACUUCCUAGAAGAGUAGGGGACGCGGCGGAGCUGCGCAAGAGCCUGAAGCCACUGCUGGAGAAGCGCCGGCGCGCGCGGAUCAACCAGAGCCUGAGCCAGUUGAAGGGUCUAGUAUUGCCGCUGCUGGGCGCGGAGACCUCCCGCUCUUCGAAGUUGGAGAAGGCGGACAUCCUGGAAAUGACCGUGCGCUUCCUACAGGAGCAGCCUGCAUCUCUAUCCCCUACUGCAGCGCCUGGGCCUUUGGAUAGCUACCUCGAAGGUUACCGAGCCUGUCUGGCGCGCCUGGCCUGCGUGCUGCCCGCCUACAGCGUCCUAGAGCCCGCCCUGAGCGCGCGCCUGCUGGAGCACCUGCGGCAGAGGAUUGUCAGUGGUGGCCUGCCCUCACUGCCGCCACCAUCGGCUCCAGCUCCAGCUCAAGCUCAAGCUCCCUCUCCUCCCGUGCCUCCUCCGGGCAGUCCUGGCCUUUGGAGGCCAUGGUAGGCUCCUGGAUGUUCUAUAGGCUCCUGCUGCUGCCUGUCAGAGACCUGGAUGGGCUAGCUGACCAAGGAAGUUCUCCAAGGUGACUGCAUCUCUUACUCACUUUGAGAACAGUCUAGCUCCGACCGCCCUGACGAGAAUCGGAUGCUGUGACCUGUCUGGGUGAUGAAACCUUCAAGGAAGGGCUCAGCCAGAGGCGGAAGUGGGACCAAAGGAGAAAGGGCAGAUAUGUUCAGGGUAAGGAGGAAGUGACCCAGACUGGAAGAAGUGGUUCUGGCACUGGGCCAGCCAGAGUUGCCUCAGCAGGGACACGCCCUGCCCUAGUGUGGGCAGCAGACCAAAGUCUGGUCUUGAAGCUCACCUGGGCCUGGUGCCUUCACCUGCUAGGAUGGGUCACUGCGUUUCCAGCCACACCUGGAUAUGCUUCCAGUUCAGCUGGGUUUGUGAACCUCUCCAUGAACAGAGCAAUGACUUGGGGGACUUUGACCGCUGAGCAGAGCACUGAGCAAGGCAAAGGAACAGGGCAGUCACUCCUCUGCCCCAAAUGCUUCCCUUCCCAGUGAUCUGUACAAAGAGGGUGCGGGCUCUCUGUUUUAUUUCUCUAAGUGUUAUUUCUCCCCACAGCAGGCCUGGUGGUCUUGGGAUGUGAGGGAAGGGCGGGACAAGAAGGUGGCUUCCAUUUGGUUGUAAGGAACCCUGUGGCUCUGGAGGACCUGAGCCCAGCCAGAUGGCAGAGCGAAGGCCCUGGAAUGGCAGGGAUGCUGGAGAAGCAGAGGAAGGACCACCAGGUAGUAGCGCAGGAAGAAUAAAUGCCUGCUUUCUCUGGUAAACCACUCCCCGAAUCCAAGCAGCCGGGCUACCAGAAACACCUUGCUCAGAAGUUCUUUCUACCACGUGGAAGCCCAGAAGCCCAUCAAGACUCAGGGAAGGGCCUUCAGAUCCCAGGAGUGAGUGCUUCAGAGAAAAUGGGAGGGUUUGUGGACUACCGCCACUCCAAGUCCAUGGGGAUUCACUGAGCAUUGUGACAAGGCUGCUUCUGCCUCAGUCUGGUCUGGGGACCAGGACACUAAAGCCAGGAAGACAGACUGACCAGGGAAGGGACAGUCACUAUCUGCUUGGCUAUGCACAUCUGAUGAGUCGGGACACUGAUUUAGGUAGAAGGUAGUGGGGAAGUCGGAGGCAUUCUUAAGAAGGAAGAAAGACAGUAAACAUGAAGGGGUGGGGGCUCCCAGAAGUGCAGUGCUGGGCCCAGUUGCCUAGACUAUAAGCUCUUGGGCGGCAGGGUGCUCCUGUGUGUACCUCUGUGGUACUGGAUACAGAGUAGCUGUGCAAUGACAAGAUGACUUAAAGGAGGCCAUGUAACUGGCUCACACUGUAUCGAACCUUGGACAGCCUGGCUUUUGCUUACACUCCAGGUUCCUAGAGCAGCUGUUCUCAACCUUCCUAACAGGGCCACUCUUUAAUGACUCUUAAAUACAGUUCCUUGUGGUGUGGUGACCCCCAGCCAUAACAUUAUU